CCGUACAACAACAUCAACAACAGAAAACCAAGAAACAAAGAAAGAAAGAAACAGACACAGAAAGACAGAGACAGACACACAAUUCCACAAAACGUUAUCGGCAGAUUUGAGGCGUCAGGGCAGUGCUGUGGCCACUUUUCCAGUAGCCAUUGAUUCCAUUUCCAUAUCAAUUCAGUUUCCGAACUCACCUUCCUUCCCCACGUUUUCUUCCCCCUUCUAUCCAUUCCCUUUUCACCCUUCCACACAUUCUACACCAUCAUCUACUCUCUACUGCUCAGCCUGAAUUCUUCUUCUAUGUACAUACCCUUUUCUUGCUUUUGAAACAUGUCUCUGCACUCGCCCAGUCAGAUUGCUCAGUCCAUCAAGCUCUUCGCCGGUACCAGCAUCACCGAGAGUUCUCGCCGGGACUUGGUCUUCGUUGAUUUUGUCGGCUUGUGUCGGAGUAAGAAUUUCAGGAAAACUCGGGGCCAUCAUCGUCCGAGGAACGCUCAGAGGAAUCAUAUUCUUGGUCUAGCCAGGAACAACAACUUCGCCUCCUCCAUUAACUCUGUUCUUGAGGUUCACCGUGCCGCCGGUGGGUCGGACCCACGGUUUUCUGCUCCGGUGCAAGAGGCUGCACACUUAGAUGACAUUUUAUCUGAGAGAGGGGCUUGUGGAGUUGGAUUUAUCGCCAAUUUGGACAACAAAGCAUCGCAUGGAAUUGUUAAGGAUGCACUUGCAGCUCUGGGUUGCAUGGAACAUCGUGGUGGUUGUGGAGCUGAUAAUGACUCUGGGGAUGGUUCCGGAGUGAUGACUUCAAUUCCAUGGGAUAUGUUCGACAAGUGGGCGGGCGAACAGGGGAUGAAUGCUUUUGAUCGGUUGCACACUGGUGUUGGAAUGAUCUUUCUACCGAAGGAUGAGGACCUGAUGAAACAGGCUCAAGCAGUUAUUUUGGAUAUAUUUAAUCGAGAGGGCCUUCAAGUGCUUGGCUGGAGAUCAGUUCCUGUAAAUAGUUCGGUGGUUGGUUACUAUGCAAAAGAAGCUAUGCCAAAUAUACAGCAAGUCUUUGUUCAAAUUGCAAAAGAAGAAAAUAUUGCUGACAUUGAAAGAGAACUUUUCAUCUGUCGAAAGUUGAUUGAAAGAGCAGCAAGUUCAGAAUCAUGGGGGAAUGAUCUCUACUUUUGCUCGUUAUCCAACCAAACCAUUGUUUAUAAGGGAAUGCUUCGGUCUGAGGUUCUUGGUCUGUUUUAUUAUGAUCUACAAAAUGAAGUUUAUAAAUCCCCUUUUGCUAUAUACCACCGUAGAUAUAGUACAAAUACUAGUCCUAGAUGGCCUCUAGCUCAACCGAUGAGGUUUCUCGGUCAUAAUGGAGAGAUUAAUACAAUACAGGGGAAUUUGAACUGGAUGCGGUCUCGGGAGACUUCAUUAGAAUCUCCCGUCUGGCGUGGUCGUGAAAAUGAGCUUCGGCCUUUCGGAAACCCUAAAGCUUCCGACUCUGCAAACCUUGAUAGUGCCGCAGAAUUGUUAAUAAGAAGUGGGCGCACACCUGAGGAAGCCUUGAUGCUUCUUGUCCCAGAGGCGUACAAGAAUCACCCGACAUUAUUGAUCAAAUAUCCCGAGGUUGCAGAUUUUUAUAAUUACUACAAAGGCCAAAUGGAAGCUUGGGAUGGACCUGCUUUACUGUUAUUCAGUGAUGGGAAAACAGUUGGAGCAUGUCUUGACCGAAAUGGACUUCGCCCUGCUAGAUAUUGGCGGACAGUGGAUAAUGUUGUCUAUGUUGCCUCCGAGGUGGGCGUUCUACCAACAGAUGACUCGAAAGUUAUAAUGAAAGGGCGGUUAGGUCCUGGGAUGAUGAUAGCAGUUGACUUAACUAAUGGACAGGUGUUUGAAAAUACUGAAGUUAAAAGGCGAGUUGCACUAUUAAAUCCCUAUGGGAAAUGGGUGAAUGAAAAUCUCCGCUCUUUAAAGGCUGCAAACUUUUGGUCUGCAACCAUCAUGGACAGUGAAACGAUUCUAAAGCGUCAACAGGCAUUUGGAUAUUCAAGUGAAGAUGUUCAAAUGGUGAUUGAAUCAAUGGCUUCUCAAGGGAAGGAGCCUACUUUUUGCAUGGGAGACGAUAUCCCCUUGGCAGUAUUAUCUGCAAGGCCUCAUAUGUUAUAUGAUUAUUUCAAGCAACGAUUUGCUCAGGUAACAAAUCCCGCUAUUGAUCCUCUUCGAGAAGGCUUAGUCAUGUCCCUUGAAGUUAACCUUGGGAAGCGAGGAAACAUUCUAGGAGUUGGUCCUGAGAAUGCCUCUCAGAUUAUUUUGUCAAACCCCGUGCUGAAUGAAGAGGAGCUUGAGUCUUUAACAAAAGAUCCACUCUUGAAGCCCCAAGUUUUGCCGACAUUUUUCAACAUCAGGAUGGGAGUUGAAGGUUCUCUGGAGAAAACCUUAUCCAAGCUAUGUGAAGCCGCUGAUGAAGCUGUAAGAAAUGGUUCCCAGCUUCUCAUUCUAUCCGACAGAGCUGACGAGCUGGAUGCUACUCGGCCUGCCAUUCCAAUACUUCUAGCUGUUGGUGCCGUUCACCAGCACCUGAUUGAGAAUGGGCUCCGGAUGCAAGCUUCCAUCAUAGCUGAUACAGCUCAGUGCUUCAGUACUCAUCAGUUUGCAUGUUUGAUUGGAUAUGGUGCCAGUGCUGUAUGCCCAUACCUGGCAUUGGAGACUUGUCGCCAGUGGCGGUUGAGUAAUAAAACUGUGAACAUGAUGAGGAGUGGAAAAAUGCCUACAGUUACAAUCGAACAAGCUCAGAAGAAUUUCUGCAAGGCUGUUAAAGCUGGCCUUAUGAAAAUUCUCUCGAAAAUGGGCAUUUCUUUGCUGUCCAGUUACUGUGGGGCUCAGAUAUUCGAAAUCUACGGACUGGGUCAAGAUAUAGUCGACAUUGCAUUUUGUGGGAGUAGGUCAAGCAUUGGAGGAUUGACCAUGGACGAGUUGGCAAGGGAGACGUUAUCGUUUUGGAUUAAAGCCUUCUCUGAAGACACUGCAAAAAGACUCGAAAACUUUGGGUUCAUUCAAUUUAGACCUGGAGGUGAAUAUCAUGGAAACAAUCCCGAGAUGUCAAAACUGCUGCACAAAGCCGUGCGACAAAAGAGUGAAAGUGCAUAUUCGAUCUAUCAGCAGCAUUUGGCUAACCGACCUGUGAAUGUUCUCCGAGAUCUUCUUGAGCUGAAGAGUGAUCGUUCUCCGAUCCCAGUUGGAAGAGUUGAACCUGCCUCUUCGAUUGUCGAGAGAUUCUGUACUGGUGGCAUGUCGCUCGGCGCUAUCUCAAGAGAAACUCACGAAGCAAUUGCCGUAGCAAUGAACAGAUUGGGCGGGAAGUCUAAUUCGGGAGAAGGUGGCGAGGAUCCAAUUCGAUGGAAUCCACUUACCGAUGUCGUCGAUGGGUACUCUCCGACGCUUCCUCAUCUUAAAGGCCUUCAAAACGGCGACACGGCUACGAGUGCCAUAAAGCAGGUAGCUUCGGGUCGUUUUGGCGUCACCCCGACAUUCUUAGCUAAUGCCGAUCAAAUCGAAAUCAAGAUCGCUCAAGGUGCAAAGCCUGGAGAAGGCGGACAGUUGCCGGGAAAAAAAGUUAGCGCGUACAUUGCAAGGUUAAGAAACUCGAAGCCCGGCGUCCCUCUUAUAUCUCCACCUCCGCAUCACGACAUCUAUUCGAUCGAAGAUCUUGCGCAGCUGAUUUACGACCUUCACCAGGUCAAUCCCAAGGCUAAAGUAUCCGUAAAGCUCGUUGCGGAAGCGGGCAUCGGUACGGUGGCGUCUGGCGUCGCUAAGGGCAAUGCCGAUAUCAUACAGAUAUCGGGACACGACGGUGGAACCGGUGCCAGCCCCGUGAGUUCAAUUAAACAUGCCGGAGGUCCUUGGGAGCUCGGGCUUACGGAAACGCAUCAGACGCUCAUCGAAAACGGGCUUCGGGAAAGGGUCAUUCUCAGAGUCGACGGCGGCUUCAAGAGUGGAUUCGAUGUAAUCAUGGCUGCGGCGAUGGGUGCCGACGAAUACGGAUUCGGUUCCGUUGCCAUGAUCGCCACCGGGUGCGUCAUGGCUCGUAUAUGCCACACGAAUAAUUGUCCCGUCGGCGUCGCCAGUCAGAGGGAAGAGCUACGAGCCCGGUUCCCCGGCGUGCCCGGCGAUCUCGUCAAUUACUUUUUGUAUGUCGCCGAAGAGGUAAGAGGCAUGUUGGCGCAACUCGGCUAUGAAAAGCUUGACGACGUAAUCGGCCACACCGAGCUACUAAAACAUCGCGAUAUUUCGCUGGUGAAGACUCAGCACAUCGACCUUGGUUACAUUCUCUCCAACUCCGGAUACCCGAAAUGGAGCAGCACGGUGAUUCGGAACCAGGAAGUACACAGCAAUGGCCCUGUUCUCGACGACACAUUGCUUGCCGAUCCGGAGAUUGCCAAAGCAAUCGAGAAUGAGACGGUUGUCGACAAAACCAUAAACAUAUACAAUGUCGACAGAGCAGUUUGCGGUCGAAUUGCCGGUGUGAUCGCAAAGAGAUACGGCGACACCGGAUUUGCCGGACAGCUCAACUUAACAUUCACCGGAAGCGCCGGUCAGUCAUUUGCGUGUUUCUUGACUCCGGGGAUGAACAUUCGAUUGGUCGGAGAAUCUAACGACUAUGUCGGGAAGGGUAUGGCCGGAGGCGAACUAGUGGUGACCCCAGUCGAGAACCCGGCGUUCACUCCCGAAGACGCGACCAUUGUCGGGAACACGUGCCUGUACGGAGCGACGGGCGGUCAAAUCUUCGUGAGAGGGAAAGCCGGGGAGCGCUUCGCCGUGAGAAACUCGCUUGCCGAAGCCGUCGUCGAAGGCACCGGCGAUCACUGCUGCGAGUACAUGACCGGUGGCUGCGUCGUCGUCAUCGGAAAGGUCGGUCGUAACGUCGCCGCUGGUAUGACCGGUGGCUUGGCGUACAUUCUCGACGAGGACGAUACUCUCAUCCCCAAGGUGAACAAGGAGAUUGUUAAGAUUCAGCGCGUGGUUGCGCCGGUAGGACAAAUGCAGCUGAAGAACUUGAUCGAAGCCCAUGUCGAAAAAACAGGCAGCGGAAAAGGGUCGGAGAUUUUGUCGAACUGGGACAAAUACUUGCCGCUUUUCUGGCAGUUGGUUCCUCCGAGCGAGGAAGAUACUCCGGAGGCGUGCGCCGACUACGAGCAGACGGCAGCCGGGCAGGUUACGACGCUGCAGUCGGCGUAGGAACGGGACGGGACACAACGGCACUCGACUAUGUGCCGUCGGAUGUUGGAUCAGGUCGGAUUUCGGGUUGAAUGUGUGUUUUUAGGGCAGGGUGUGUCUGAGGGAAGUUAUGUGCAUGUUUUGGUGGGGGUUGAAGCUGUACAUAGGCGGACUUGAAGAUUAUUGUUAUUAUCAUUAUAUUAUUAUUAUUAUUAUUAUUAUUAUGUUUAUUAUUA